AUGAGUACCCCUCCUCUAGCCAUGAGAGCUCCUGUUGAGCGCACCGACAAUAUCACCGAGCUGCUGUGGCAGGAUGCCUUGCGUCAUCUCAGAAACACAAACAACGAAGUGCUCCUUCCACUUAACGUGGUGGAUAUCAUCGGUCAGAGGAACGUUGACAAGAUCAAGACUCGUCUGAGUAUGCUUAUCGGGACCCCAACGGUUGCUUUUCUCGAUGAAUCUAUCAACGCACUUCGCAUUCUGCAAACUCCUGCAUUUUCGGGAACUGCGGUAGCACUUGCUGCUCCAAUCAAGGAAUCAGCAACUGAGAUUGAGGCUGCAUCUAUCACUAUCCAGGCCAUACCUGUGAAACAAAACAAGAUCCCUCGUCCCCCGAACGCAUUCAUCCUGUAUCGUCAAAACCAUCAUCCAAAGGUGAAAGAAAGCAACCCAGCUCUCACCAACAAUGAAAUCUCCAUCUUGCUGGGAAAGCAGUGGAAGGCCGAACCUGAAGAGGUGAAGGCCGAGUGGAGAAAACUGGCCGAGGAGACUAAACGCAAGCAUGCCGAAGAGCACCCCGACUAUCAGUACACUCCGCGCAAGCCAUCCGAGAAAAAACGUCGUGGCUCGUCUCGUCCCGAAUCCAAGCCCACCAAGCGGUCUCACACCCCUGCUACGACAAGCACUAAAUCCGAAGUCGGCAGCUCUAUCCCUGAUACCAGUCUUUCCACAAUCAGUGCCGACGCCGAGACACCGAACCACAAUCUCGCGGAACUCGAAAGUGUCGUUAUUUCCGACGAGCCAGCCAUGAUUGGCGGCCCCUACCGCUUCAGCGCCGCUGAGCUCGACAAUCUCAUUGCGGAGGUGGAGAGCGAAAACCAGCGCGCCAUGAUCUUUGCCUCGGCGAACUUCGGCAUGAACGAGAGACUCGCUGGCGAGCCUUUCGAACUGUCGGACUUCCUGGCGGAAAUCUACUGAAGCCAGUGCGUCGAUCGGAAGUGAUGAUGCUCUAGCGACGUCAGAGGAAAGAGCGGCUAGGAAACGGUCUGGAGCUGGCCUCCACACUGGCCCAGGCUGCUCAAGCUCCGUGAUGAUGCUUGGUGCACUCACUGCAUUCGACGUUUCUCUACACGAUCGGGGAUGGGAGACAUGAGAGGGGGGACAAACGAGAGGGAGGGACGGACCGAGGACAAGUCUUCAGACUGACUGGACCCUUUUGUUAACUCUACCAUUUUCCUUGCUAUUUUGCAAUCCUGUAUCUCCACUUCUUUUCGGAUCAAACAAGACUGUACCUUCCACCAGCCCCGAUCUUCUGGAUUCUUCUGAGAGAUUUUAUCAUGAUAUGGUUAAUGGACAGGUUACUCAAAGAAUGUAUCUCAUUUUUAUCUGUUAUCAUGCAUCUGGUCCGAUGGAGAUAGUAUAAAGUGCAUCGAAGUCCGUGGAAACUACAAACGAGUUGCAUAGGAUCAUAGAAAUC